AUGGGUGAUGUUCCUUUCCCCGGUGGAGCUCCUCGAGCUCCAGGAUACGGUAUCGGCCAACGUCGCUCUUCAUACGCCUCCGUCGUGUCAGGCAACGCAUUCUCUCCCCCAAAUUCCACUUCAUUCUCUCAUCUGCUCAACUCUAAUCCCAUCUCCUCCUACCCGCCACCUUCCCCCUCCGAAGGCCAUCUCCACCGGGCCUUGUCCGGCUUGAAUGCCGCAGAUAUGCACCUCAACCCGGCCUCAAGGUCCACUACCUCCCCGGACUCCCUCCCUCCUCAUUCUCGUAAAUAUGCUGGGAUCGUGCGCUCGACAGACUUUACACACAACCUCACCAUGACUGAUACUCCGCCGUUCUUGACUCCUUCCUAUCUCCGCGACUCCACAUACAUCUCCCGCCUUGACGCUGUCCAUCGAGCCAAAGUGGCCGCCCGGCAGCGAGAUCUAUCCUCAUCGAAUCCCAGCUCGAAUCCUCCCCUCUCAGCCUCUUCCAGCCAUGUCAACCUUCACCGCAUGGCCCCGUCCCACCGCGGUAUGACGUAUGAUCUCAUCGAGAAAGAACCCCCGACGAUUACCGAAAACAACAUCAGCCCACUCCCCACGCAGUGGAGCUCCUCGGACAAAUACAACGGUCUGGAAUUGUCACCUGAUGGCUAUGAUGUGCGGUACGCUGGUCCUGUCCACAAACAUGACCACGAGGCUGCCGCGUUGCGGGCCGACAACCCAAUGCCACCCCAGUGCGGGAUUUACUAUUUUGAGAUAAAGAUCGAAUCGAAGCCGAAAGAAGGCAUGAUUGGUAUAGGUUUCUCCAGUACGAAGGCUUCAGUUGAAAGACUCCCAGGAUGGGAGCAGGAAUCCUGGGCAUACCACGGUGAUGAUGGAAAAUCGUUCUAUGGUGAAACUCAAGGACAGGGCAAGCCAUAUGGACCAACCUUUGGCGUUGGAGACAUCGUCGGGUGUGGGGUCAACUUCUCCACCGGCCAGGCCUUCUUCACCAGGAACGGUGUUUUUCUAGGAUAUGCGUUUCGAGAAUUGCGCGACGUCAAGCUUUAUCCAUCUGUUGGGAUGAAGAAACAACCUCCGGUGCAUUUAAAGGCGAAUUUUGGCCAGGAGCCAUUCGUAUUCGAUAUCGAUGGCAUGGUUCGGCAUGAGAAAGUCGCCAUAGAAUCCCUGAUUAACGCGACGAGCACGGACAGCUUACAACCGCCAUUAGACGAAUCAUCAUUGCUUCAGGAAUUGGUGGCUCAAUUUUUGGCUCACGAUGGCUACGUAGAGACUGCACGGGCAUUUGCCGAAGAGGUUGCUACUGAAACAGCCGCCCUACAGAAUGGGCACGAUGCGCCCUUGAAGAAAUAUGAAGUCGAAGAAGAUCACGAGGCCAUUAAUCGGAACAGGAUUCGCGCUGCUAUUCUCGAUGGCGAUAUCGACAAAGCUCUGAAGCACACCAAAGCAUACUAUGCCGCUGUUCUAGAAGAUCACCCACAUAUUCUUUUCAAGCUCCGGUGCCAAAAACUACUAGAAAUGCUUCGCCGAGAUAACGAGGCCAUAACUGCCGCACAAGCCGAAAAAUCAGAACCCCGCCGCGCUGCAUCUCCAAAUCAUGACAACGAGCACGCUGUCUUUGACCAGGACAUGGAAAUAGACGACGGAAACUGGGAUGCAGAUGGAAUGGAUACGGAAGACCUUGAGCCUGAAUCAGAGCCCGAGCCUGCAUCUACAUCAACAUUUUCGACGGAAGCCCUUAUGUAUGGUAGGCAACUACGUACGGACUACCCAUCCGACGAAAGUGGCGGGGACCAGAAAUUGCUUAAUGACAUCGCUUCACUGUUGGCAUAUACAAACUCCAAUUCUCAACACGGCCAUUUACUGGACCCUGCUGGGCGGGCAGUUGUUGCAGAGGAAUUGAAUUCGGCAAUCCUUGUCUCCCUUGGGAAAUCGUCUUCCGCUGCUUUAGAACGGUUGUAUCAGCAAACAGAGGCUCUGGUUAACGAGAUCAGUGAAGACGGCGGCGCUGGGGCGUUCAUCAAUGUUCGGAAUUACAUCAACGAUCGCAAUGACGGUUUACUUUAA